AGUUAGUAUUUCACAAACAAUACGAUGAGAUAAUCUCAGUGGAUAUCGCAACUCCAUCUAGUGCAUCGAUCGGACUGGCUUUCGAGCUUUUUUAAGCCAACAUUUUCAAGUCCUCCGGCGACUUCCUGACGGUUCGAGCUCUGAGUGAUCAUCCUCAAAGCAACUUGCUCGUCUGCUCAUCCCUGGAGCCAGCUCAUGGGUGACGCUGCACCGGAUGGCGUGCUACUACCUUGUGAUCAGCUCCACGCACCUCAGCAAUGGCCACUACCGGAGCAUCAAAGGAGUUUUCCGGGGUCCGCUGUGCAAAAGCACCGGAGGCGAAUCACCGGACUACAUUGAAAAGGAGAAAGCUAUUACCAAAGCCUUGGGGGAUUUAAAGGCUAAUUUCUAUUGUGAACUUUGUGACAAGCAGUACCAUAAACAUCAGGAGUUUGACAACCACAUCAACUCCUAUGACCACGCACACAAACAGAGGCUGAAAGAGUUGAAGCAGAGAGAAUUUGCACGAAACGUUUCCUCCAAGUCCUGGAAAGAUGAGAGAAAGCAGAAAAGAGAUCUGAAACGUUUGCACCAGCUCGCUCAGCGGAAGCAGAGUAAAAGUGACGACAGAAAAGUUCCAAAGUUAAGAUCUACGAUCAAAGAUCCGGAUCAAGUUAAAACCUCCUCCAAUGGAAGUUGCAAGUUUCACACUGAGCCACCUGCACCCUCAGCUCCCAUCACAGACGCUUCAUUAAAGGGUUUGUCCUCCUCUCGUGUGCUCGCACAUCAGCAACCCUACCAUGAAAAAACACACUCCUCACCACCGAAGACCUUAGCAGGACACCGGAACCCCAGGGCAGGGGUCUCGUUCUGUUUCUCCAGGCGAGCUCAGCUGAAGCUUGACUCGUGUGCAUCUGUGUUUAGCGAUGGGCUCGAAGAGGCAAACGACUCCCUUGAGCUCCAGCGCCACAGGCAGCGACGUGCCUUGGAGGCCCUCUGGUCCUGCUCGAGCUCACCGAGGACCCCCUGUAAUGAAGACACCGAUCCAUCACACAAUCCUCCAGCUUUGGUCUGGGCAGAUGGGGACUCUCAAAAAACGCAAAUGGAAGCACAAACGGAACAUGUGGAGAGCCUUGAAAUUCAGCUGAACUGCAGCACAAGUGAACCAGGAAAGCUGAUUUGUCCUGACACACACGGUCCUGGAUCAAACGAGGGGACAGCUGGUUCAGAGGACAGAUUGGUUGAUAGGGGGCAGAGACCCAGGGCAAAGGGGGCUUAUGGGGGAUCAGAGGAGAAAGAAUGCCCCAGCCCUAGUGUUUACACAGAUGGACAGGAGACCAUGGCCCAAAGCCAACUCCUGACACACAAAUACUCACUCCCACAUACUGAGAAAAACAGCAAAGAGGAUAUUAUGCAGAACGGAGAAAAGGGAACGGAAAACAUCCACCUGGUUUGCGAGGAUGAAAAUACAGAUUGGAGCAGCAAGGCUCCGGAUUCUUUCCUAAACGUGCUCAGCAAGGAGGGCAAUACACUAAAAUGGCCUUCUGAACUUGUGCAGUAUACCUCAGACGAACAACGCAUAUCUUACAGCUGUAAUCCGCUCGGCUGCGUUUUCAAACACAGGGAGGGCAAAGAAAAGAGCACAAAGCCCGUGGAUAUGGAGUUCCGUGUUGAAAGACUCGCAGGCCACAAUGACAGAGCCAAGUCACAAACACAGAAUGUUCCAGGAGAUAAAUUAGGCAUUUUAAAACCAAAGAGACCCAAACACAUGAGAAAGGGGAAAACUCGUAGGCGUAAAUUAGAUGCUGUCAGGAGCCGGCAAGCACUCAAAACUUGCUCACAAACAGAAGCCAGAGGACACUUUGAAUUCCAAAGCGCCCCAGCCGACACGUCACAACACAAGCAACCACGCGCCGAGAGGAGGCACAAGCUUGGGAAGAGGAGAUCAGUGAGAGAUGAGACUUCAAAUGAAAGUGACACCCCAGAGCACAGCCUGAAAAGCAUUAUCGUAAGCUCGCUUUCCGCCCCGGCACGUAAAAGGAAGAAAUGUCAAACGGUGAGGCGGUUGGUGCCCGCGCUGCAUUUGGGGAGGGGGAGGCCUUUUCCAUAUUCUCUUCACUACACAACAGGAAGAGAAAAUUAUCGUUGGAAUGACAACACUUAUGAGUCUAAGAGGGACGCUGCCUCGACUCCCAACAGUGACAAAUCCGGGUCAUGGAGUGGACUGUCAGACAUGACCUCGGAUGGAGAAUGGCCUGUGUACCACCCGAGGAGACGUUCCACAUCACCAAGGUCAAAGCCUUGGAGAAAGGAACAUGGGAGGCUCAAAUCAUGCAUUAGAAAUUCCUCUCAAAAUAUUCCUUAUCACAGCUACAGGCACAUUUCUGACAGCCUGUGCAGAGAUUUCAGAGAUUUCGAGCAUGCGGGAGACUGCUGGGAUUACACAGACUUAUGCAUCUACGAUAAACGGAAAUAUUCAGCAGUUUAUAACAACCCAGAUCAGAAUGAGAAAUACAACAUCAGAUGGCACAAAAGAUUCGUUGAGGAGCAUAGAAACAAAGAGCACAGAAUUCAAGACAAUAGCAGGCUGUUUUAUAGAGUUUAUGACAGUCCUGAUCCUCAAGAUGAUAUCAGGGACUGGUGGUCUGAAAAUCUCAGUCCUGUUACAAGGAGGCACAGGGAGAGAGAAGAAUAUUCCUGGUCGAGUCCAGAGAGAAGCCAAGACAGUUGGUAUAACAAACCAGCGUCCAUUCGUAGCCCCAGUUUGACUAGUAGCACUAGCGUCUCUGAUGUUAGUGGAGAAUGGAUGCAUCAUUCCAGACCAUCUCCUUCUAGACAGAGCCAAAAACACAAUCAUUCUGGGGAAAGAUUAGUCAAGACCAAGUUUUCUCAUUCUCCUCUUAGAAAGGAAACUCAUUCACCUUCAUUAGCACCAAGUAAAAUUGCAGCUCAGCCAAAUUCUUUAAAAUCAAGUUCAUGGCAGGGCGAUAUUACACAAAAAUCUUCAGACCAGUUGGUUGAGAAUGAAGUUAAAGUAAAGAAGGCGAAUGGUGCCCUUCCUUUAAUAGGUAAAUUCCCCUCGAUUAAGAAAGGAGCGAAAAAAAUGGGGAUUAAUAAAGAAGCAAGUGGCAGUACUGGCAACCAUUUUCAAACAACAACAAAUCCACAAGUUACACCUCAAAAAGCUUCACUUCAGCACACAGAAGAACAAAAUUCCAAAGCAGAAGCUUGUACGGCUCCGAAGCGAGACAGCUUUGCCUCACAAAAACAUGACAUUACAGACCAAGAAAACGACAAAGUGGAAACAGAAGGGAUCCACUGUGCAAGAUGCAUCACUCCUCCCCUUUCCGAGCAACCAAUCACCUUUACAGAAGAAGAGAUUGAAAAGUACAAACUACUCCAACUUCAGGCCCAGCAGCACAUGCAGCAACAGCACCUUCAGGAGCAACAGGAAAUCGAACAAACAUCUGUGGACAUGAGCCACAUACCAACUCAAGAACCGGCCAAUCAGAACACACCGUCAGCUUGUCUACCAUACUCUUUACUCCAGCCCUCUCCCUCUUCCCCCGUUACCCUCCUUCCCCUUCAUCCUUCCCUGUCUCAGCCCCACUUUUCUCCCACGCUUCCCGCUGCGUUCUUUCCGGCACCUCCCGCCACUGUCCUGGCAGCUCACCCCCUACACCUGAUCCCAGCCUCAGCCCUUCACCCCGUUCACCCUCAUCAUCAUAUUCGUGGGUUGGCAUUUCGACCCCUUCCGCCCGGGGCUCUACUCCCCACAAUGCUCAGUCCAAUACCGAUGGCUGCCACGGCUGCAGCCGGUACUUUGCAAAUUCACCCCCUACUUCACUCCCUGUUCCACAGUCAGGAUCUUCAGCGACGGACUAGCUAGUUUUGUUUAGUCUACGAAUGGAAAAGUAUUUUUGACAUUAAGUGGGUCGUCAUUAGUUUUUCCUCCCAGCCAAAGUUCUCGUUGAGUAGUGAUAUGUUAUUUCAUCUAUGUGUUGAAGUGCUGACCGACUCAAAGAUUGGGGUCAAUUGGACGUUGAUUACUGUUCUGCGCUUCACACACCUCGUAUUACAGAGCUGAACCUCUCUGGUACUCAGCGCACUGUGAAUUAUCAGCCCUUUCAGCGGAUUGCUGAAAAAGACUAUAACAUGAAGUCAAAUGAGAACAUUAAUGCAUUCUUCAAUUAGUAAUAUGUAUAAUCUGCAUAUUUUUACAGUUAUCCUGCCAAGCGAGUUAUAUAAAGGGUAUUAUUUAUCUAGGCCUGAGGCUCAGGGUGAAACUGACUAAGCAGAGUGUACAUGAGAAAACAGUUUUCAUUAAAGUUUAGAGUAUGCAAAAUGAGAAGAUUAUAGAGCAUGCGAGUCUUUGGGUGACUGAAUUGAAAACCUAAACGUUUCACCCCGUUAAUUUUUUUGUGCUGUUAAGUAGAGUAGAGUCCGUUUGGAUACUGACUAGCUCAGCUGUUUGUGUGGACAUGCAAUAAUGUUUUACAAUCUAUUCAAAAUGUAAUAUCUUGAACUGUAUUUAUGUAUUCAUACUUUGUACCGUAAGAUCAAAUAACAUGCACUUGAUCGUUUCAUACUGUACA